ACACCAUUGCUCUUAAAAUGUCGACGAUCCUCCGCGAUUUUUGAAUUGCUUUUAGACAAUCACAUUCGAUUUUCAGUCUGCCUUCCCACUAAAUACCGUUUCAUUGACAUCUUGUGUAUAUUGUGCGCAUAGAUCGGAGAAUUUCUUUCUUUUUGGAUUACUAUUCUAUUUCAUAUUCAAUCUCAAGCUUAAUCACCAUGUCGACUUACGAUCAGACCAAGGAGAUGGCCGGAAAGAAGGCCGAGGAGACGAAGGCAUUCGGUGAGGACAAGGCUGAGCAAGCUCACGGUGCCACGAAGAGUGCUACCGGAACUGCUCAAGACAAGGCUAGCCAGGCGGGAGAUUACGCAGGAUCCAAAGCUCACGACGUCAAGUCUGCUGCCUCUGAUGCCGCUGGAACAGCUCAGGACAAGGGAAGCGACACGACUGGAGCUGCUAAGGAUACGGCUCAACAUGUAGGUGACAAGACUGCUGAUACCGCUGGUGCCACGAAGUCCAAGGCUGGCGAAGCGAAAGACGCUGCAGGAAGCAAGGCUAGUGAGGCUGGCAGCUACGUGAGCGACAAGACCUCUCAAGGCAAAGAUGCUGCAGCAGACACUGCAGGCGCAACCAAGGACAAGGCGUCAGGCGUUGCGGGUACUGCCCAGGAAAAGGCUGGUGGCGCUGCGGGAUAUGCCAAGGAUACUGCCGUGAGCGCCAAGGACACCACUGUGGGUGCUGCCACCCAAGCUAAGGAUGCUGCUGGCAAUGUUCUUCACCAGACCGGGGACGCCGUGGCCAACGCUUUCCAGGGCCUGAAGGACCCCGUAACUCCCAAUCAUUAGAACUGAUCAGACGUUGCGAUCUACCAUGUUAUGCAGUCCUCGCGUUUUGUAUAGUAAAUAAGACACCGCAAGCAUUGGCUCUGGAUUCAGCACGAGGUUGCGCGGCGCCAUAUUACUGUAAAGAUGAUGAAGUGAAUAUUUAACAGAGUGCUGGCGCCGGUUUCUAAGUUGAUGCAAUUCUGUUGUUUUAAUCUAAUUUACUUGUGAA